AAAAAAUAUAAUGUUAAACAACCAAAUCAAAUAAAUAUUUAAUAUUUAUAUUAUAAAGUAUCUAAUAAUAAAAAGCGUAAUUACUAGACAGCUUUCAUUAAAAAAGCAUAAAAAAGAUAUAUAAUACAAAGUUUUUUAUUAUAUGAAUAAAAAUAUAUAAAAUUUAUAAAAUUACUAAGCAAAGAGACUUUAUGCAAAUGCCAAAGAAAUAAAAAAAGGCCGACAUGAAAAGACUGACGGAUCACUCCGUCCCGUAAAUAAUACGUAAAUAAUAAUAAAUAAUACGUAACACCAAGCCACAUCUAGAAAUAGCCUGUAUAAAAAAAAAUAUAUAUAUAUUUGCAAAAAAAGUUCGAAUUUUAUUCAUCUCUUAUUUAAAAAAAUUGCAAACGCUUCAAGAUGUCUCAAAUGUCUCAACACACUGGAUCCAGAAAGAGUUUUGAUGAACUUAUUAAACAUUCUCAGUUAAAUGCUAGAGAGAGUAUGGAUUACCUUGAAUGGAUUGAUUUUGAUCAAUUCGACUUGAUCGAAAAUAUUAAUAAACGAGGUGCUUUCAGCUCGAUUUAUUCAGCAGUAUGGAUGGAUGGCCCAAAAUGGAAUCUUGACGAAAAAGCCGAAAUAUGGACUCGUACUGGUCCAGUUAAGGUGAUUCUAAAACGAUUAGAUAAUUCUCAGAACAUAGAUCAGGAAUUUGUAAAUCAGUUAUAUAGAUAUCAUAAAUGCUUGCAAAGUGGAGCACUUGCAGAUUGUUUUGGUAUAACUAAAGACCUAACAUCAUGCUACAUACUCGUUAUGAGAUAUUAUAAAAAUGGAGAUUUAUACUCGUACCUUGAAGAAACUAUGGAGAUUCUUUGCUGGAGAGAUAUUGUAGACAUGCUAUGGUCAAUAUCCGCAGGUUUAAAUUUUAUUCACAAACAUGAUCUUGUUCAUGGACAUUUACAUGGAGGAAACAUAUUAGUCGAAAGUAAUGUGAACUCUAUUGAUACUAAAAUCACGGAUACUGGAUUACACGGACCUUUUGAUAAUCAAAUAUUGUCCAAACAAAUUUACGGUGUAAUUCCCUUUGUUGCGCCAGAGAUCUUUGAUGGAAAUACGCCAACUAAAGAAUCCGAUGUCUAUAGUUUUGGAAUGGUCAUGUGGAUGUUAUCGGCUGGUGUGCGUCCUUAUUGUGAUAGACCUCAUAAUAAACAAUUAAUUCAUGAAAUCUGCUUAGGAUUAAGGCCAAACAUCGUAGAUGGAACUCCACCUGUUUUCUCCAGUUUAAUGUUACAAUGUUUAGAUGCAAAUCCAUCAAAUAGACCAACAGCAUCACAGCUUGAUGAAUGUUUUGGAAAUUGGGUCAUAGCAAUUUGUGAUGACCCUAAUCCAUCUGAUUUAUCAAAUCAAUUUGACGCUGCUGAAGAAACUAAAUUCUCAAAUUUAGAAAAUUCUAAUUUUAAUACUUUCGCGAGUCACGAAGAAGCAUUUUAUUUCAGUCGUCCGUUAUUAGAUGCUUAAAGAAUGGCGCUUCUUUUUUUUUUUAAUU